UUCUAUAUAUAUGUGUGAUGAUCACUUGCACUAAACCCACAUAGGCACAAACACAUCUCUUAUUUUUUUCAUGUAAAACAAUAAAUCUUUGUGAAGAAAAUAGUUGAAUCUUCAGUUAUGGCCACUCUGAAUGAUCCCUUUUCUGUGAAGAUGAUAAUAUUUAUCCAUUUUUUCACAAUGAUUUCAUGUUUUGUGGAGAGAAGCAGUGGUUUUGAAGGCAGAAAUGAUGAGACCCAUUUUCGUAGUGUUGAAAUCAGCUCUUUUCUUCCAGCAGAUGUCUGCACUCACUCUACCAUCAAAGGUUUUAACAAGAGAAAAUCAACCAUGGAAAUUCUCCACAGGCAUGGUCCAUGCUCUCAAAAUAAUGCUUCCACUGCCCCAUCUCUAAGUGAGAUCCUCUCGCAAGACCAAGCUAGGGUCGAGUCGAUUCAAGCUCGAAUCGACCCUAACUCAAACUCGAAGAAAAACAAACUUGAGAACCUCAACUCAAAGAUAAACAAUUUCGACGACAAGAAAACCAACCUCCCGGUCCAGUCCGGGCGAUCCCUAGGCUCAGGGAACUACAUCGUUACCGUCGGCCUAGGGACCCCCAAGAGAACUCUCUCACUCAUGUUCGACACGGGUAGCGACCUAACAUGGACACAGUGUCAGCCAUGCGCCCGAUCCUGCUACAAACAACAAGAACCGAUCUUCAACCCUUUGACCUCAAGCUCCUACAAGAACGUGUCGUGCAACUCGGCCGAGUGCUCCCAACUCUCCUCGGCCACCGGAAACAGCCCUGGCUGCAGCACUAAGACGUGCGUCUACGGCAUCCAGUACGGUGACCAGUCCUUCUCGGUAGGGUUCUUCAGCCGGGACAAGCUCACCAUAUCGGCUGCCGAUGUUUUCCCGAGCAUUCUCUUCGGGUGCGGCCAGAACAACCAAGGCCUGUUUGGCAACACUGCAGGGUUACUAGGUCUAGGCAGAAAUGCCCUAUCCAUUGUGUCCCAAACUGCACCAAAAUAUGGGAAAUACUUCUCCUAUUGCCUCCCAUCAACUUCUAGCAAAACAGGGCACUUGACUCUCGGCAAAAGCAGAGCCCUCACUCGAGUAAACUUCACACCCCUCGACCGUUCGCAAGGCACGUCGUUCUACUUCAUCGACAUCGUCUCCAUAAGCGUGGGAGGCCGACAACUGCCCAUCCGGCACUCUGUCUUCCAGACUGCCGGGGGGAUUAUAGACUCGGGAACCGUCAUCACACGCCUCCCCCCUGCAGCCUACAGCGCGAUGAGCGCUGCCUUCCGGAAGCUGAUGUCCAAGUACCCGAUCGCUCGGGCCUACUCCAUUCUCGACACGUGUUACGACUUGAGUGGGUACACGAGUGUCUCCAUUCCAACCAUAUCUUUCACCUUCGGUGGCAAUGUCAAGCUCGACCUGGACCCCACCGGGAUCCUCGUGGCUGUCGCUAAAUCGCGACUCUGCCUGGCGUUCGCUGGGAACAGCGACGCCAGCAGCGUCGCGAUCUACGGCAACACGCAGCAGAAGACGUUUGAGGUGGUGUACGAUGUUGGUGCAGGGAAAGUUGGAUUUGCAGCUGCUGGGUGUAAAUAAUUAUGUCGAGAAUUGGUGUUGUAUGUAUGUGGCAAUAAUCAGAUAGACUGAAAUGGUAAAAAGCCAGAAACUAGUAAGUGUAACCUUUAUUACUAAAAUUUGCAAGUAACAUUGUUGGUAACACAAAA